UCAGUCUCAGGGGAAGAUGCGAUUCUACCUUGGCCUUAUAGUUUACAUCACUCCUUUGUCUCUGGCAAACCAAAAAUGUGCUCCGAAUCAGUAUUACGAUGGUCUGACUGAGCGCUGUGAGCCUUGCAUGUUCCGGUGCAGUUCCCCACCAUCGGUUUGCACCGCGUACUGUAGGCCUACUAAGUCUGAACCCCCAGAUCUCUCUGAAACCUCAGAGUCACCGAGCUACAACCUAAGAGUGAUUUUGGUGGCUUUGUUAGUGUUCCUGGGAGUCUUCAUGGUCGUGUCACUGAUCCUGCAGUUUCUGAGAAGAAGGACUUGUAAAUCUCUCUCCAAAACCAAAGUGCCUUGCCAGGAAGAGGCAGGACCAACGGUCUUGCAAGAGGCCUUAGACAUCCAAGGAAUGGAGGAGAACCUAGCUGGACUUGGCCAAAUUCACCAGGAGGAGCAGAGUGAAGUACUUCCCAACUCCAGUCUGCCCCUGCCCUCCACAGAGGAAGGCACAACUGUGCUAGUAACGACAAAGACCGGACAGAGCGACUGCUGCAGGGCACAAAACACUGACAACAUGGCUCUGUACCUGUGGAGGCCUGGAUUUGUGCCCUGAUUGAAAGCCUCGAAACACCACAAUCUCUGAAUCUCACUGGGACUUCAGUAAUGAAAGACCUAUAAUGAAUUCAAUAAUUUCUCAGGGCUCAAAAUGGUGUAAAUAUAAGAUACAUUGUAUUUGUUCUUAGCUUUCUUUCAGAUAGUAAGUGUAGUUACCACAUGUUUGCACGGUAGCCUAUGUAAGGCAAAUAUUAUAAGAUUGUGACAAUUGUAUUGUUUUGGCAUUAUAUCAAUACAAUUGAAUUGAAUUGAAGAUUGUGGAAUACAAAAACAAACAAACAAAAACAUUAAUUUGAAAAAGAUAGCCGCUCAGAUAACAGUAGAUAGAAUCCCGUUUAAUAUAGCGUAUAAGUAUGUUUCAUUAAAUCCAAUACAGUACUCGGUCAAAAAAGCUCAGCUUGCUGCCUUGACAACUACUUACACAGCCUUGAACGAAUACGUGGUUGGGCAGAUCAGUAACUUGAUUUAAUCAUGUGACCAAUCUGACCAUGUCAUGUGGUAACAAUGCCGUGUCAUGUGACCCAUUAGCUGAAAUGCUGUUUCAUUUUCGAGCGUCCCAACAACAGGGUUUCAAAUAAAUUGUUCCGUGUCUGUUAAUAAGUGAUCUACAUCACUGACAUCAAUUUCCCGAGGCAACAAGCGAUGUCGGUCACAUUUAUAACACAAUGCUUCCGCGAACGUGACACGCUAUUACUAUUUAAAGACCUGUUUACAGUCUGAGGACAGGCCUUUGCAUCCUGCUAGCAUCAAGGACUGUGGAGUUGUAGGAGCGCGCGGUUUAGAUGUACAAGAGGCGAUACGGACUUCUUGUCCAUCGUGGCGGAUCUAUGUACAGUAUGAUAAAUUAGGGCAAAGCAACCGACACAGACUCAUUUUUUGAUGUCACAUUUUGGGAGUACCAAACCACAAAAACGGAUGCUGUGUGGUGAAACACACCUAACAAUCUGACACCGACUGUCAGAAUGAACGGUGAGUCGUCAACAAACUCAUGUUUCUUUUCCCGAGCGCUGAUUUUGUACUAUUUACCACCCAGUUAGCCAAAAUUAUGGUAUGUGCAAAACAAAUAACUAGUUAGAUCGAGGUAAGAUUUUUACUUUGGCUUUAGAGAGUGUCAUCGUCCUGAGGACUAACCUAUCUCAUAUAGACAGGCUGUCGAUCACAUAUUGUGUUAAUUGUAUAAGUAGCCUAUUUAUUGUUCAUUUUGUAUUAAAGGACUUUGGAGACAGUGUACUAUGAUCAUAUCACACGAGUACUUCACUCACUAAUGACUAGUGAUGAUUUAGAAGAUGUGACGUGCAGUCUCCCCUCUGUUAUACAUUUAACGUAGUCCAACACAACCAUCUUAGUCAGUAUUGCAGGUAGUAUUUAAAAGCACUUGUAAGCACAACUUAGCUUCUUUGCAUUCUUAAGCAGCAGGCUUAUUUGGCUGACCAGCAUUUAGUUUGUUUACAAUGCAAUCUUCAGAGGUUUGUCAAUGUAUGACAUUUUGUCUGCUGUGUGUGUAGUUCCCGCAAUAGUUUCAAUUUUUAUUUUGUGAGCUUGUUUCCUAUCUAGUUUGUAAUAGUGAUGUACUCUAAUUUUCAUACAAAAUACAAUAAACAUAAUGAAGUCCCAAUCCAUUAUUGUGACCAGAAAACAAUAAGGCAGAGGAAGUGUUGGACAGAUUCAGUCAAAAGCAUAUGGUCCUUGGUGGUGAACACAAUCUAAAUUGGUUAGUUGCCAAUUGUCAAUUCCAAGCCAAAGCUCCAUGAUAACAAUGUUCCUGUAAAUCCUAUAAAGCUAAUGUAUUGUAUUACAUCAGACUUCAGUUGUAAUAGUUAUUUUUUUUUAAACACUGCAUUUUAAUUCCACAAAACACAAAAAAGGAAUACAGUACAUAAAAUAUGUCACCUUUUGUUGAUUAUUUUUCCUGUCUUUCUGUACAGCUUCUUCAUUGGGAUUCUUUGGGCUUUGCUUUGGGUGUUUUGAGUCAUGGUCAUGGAAGUAUGGUAUAGGGAUUGCUUUUCUUGUAGCUGGUCAUAGAUAAUAUACCAUCAUUGCAGACACAUAGCAAUUUUUAUCUGGGCUAAUCCAUCAAUAGGUGGACAUGGACCAAAUAAAAAAAAAAAUUUACUGUAGAAAAUAUAUAAUAUACAUAAGAGACUGAGAUUUAAUCCACAAGGCCUCUCAUAUGUUUCAUGUGGCUCCCACAGAUAAGUGCCACUUAAAUGUCAUCACAGGCAGAGGCAGAGAUAUGCAAAGUGUUGGCCUGGGGACUGUUGUAAGUUGACAAGUUGAAAAAUCAGUCUCAGUAACGUCAGUCAUGCUAUAUUUAUGUAAUUACUGCAAAAAAUAAACAACAAUUUUCUCUGUC